AUGAAGGGUCUCUUGUAUUUUACCAUGAUGCCUAAAUCCUGUCGGAGCACGCGACGUGGAAUUGUGUACUGUGUCUUCCAUUGGGCUGAAGGCAAAAUACAGUUACGGAAGAUUCCCAAGAGCGCGGGUUGGAUCCUAUCGGGUAAUCCUUUCUGGUCAGACGGAACGCCCAGAACCAAGUCAGUGGGAUUAUUUGGCUUGGAUGGCACAAAGUACCUCGUUCUCCACCGUCUUGUCAUCUCUCUAGGUGAAAGCUCGGUAUACCAAGGGGGAUCUCAUUGGAUCGUCCCGUUCGUGCCCGAGCAGAUUUACGGUACCUGCUCCUGGGUUGCUCCUCCCAUUCCAGAUUCAGAGGGUUCUACCUAUAUGUGUCCAUCCCGGUCUCUUGGUGCCGCCCUCGUAAAUCUGACAGACGGCAAUCUCUCCGACACGUGCAACGCCAACAUUGGCACGCAAUUGUCGCCGACGACCCUCUUCCGCCUUACAUCCACCCAAGAACCUAAGCCACCCCCAAGCGUCGACUUGGCAUCAUCCUCAACAGAGGUGCCGGCCCAGUUGGCUUCAAGAUCGGCACACCGGUCUGGUGUUACACACACACUUCGUCUGCUUCGAGUCUGCUCUGUUCCUCCAUCUCCCGAGUCCCCUUCUCAAUGCAUCUCAGUCAGUCUCGACACACGAAAACCCUUCAUCCGGGUUCGCGGAGGACGUUAUGAUGAAUCCAUGGUUCCAAGUCGGCAAAGUUGCUCCGAACCUAGCGCACAGAGAAUCCACUCGUGAUGGAUGGACUUUUGUGCUAUGGUGCUAUGGUCGCUGGGCGAUUCGUGUCGCAAGCGGCAUUCUCGAAUUAGCACUGAGCAUCAUCUCGGCCUAGCUGUCACGGCGGAUGAAUCAUUUGGCAUCCUGCACACCGUUCAAGAGCCUAUUCAAUGGGAACUGGGUACCCAGAUUAUUCGCUCUGGUUCCUCUCCGCUCCGCACCGCUAGGCAAUGCUUGUCUGAUCAAGCUUAUCUAGCUGUCGUUUCUUUUUCUCGCUCUCUUUUCUUUCUCUAUCGUCCCUAUUGUUCGUCGUCUCAACAUUCUCGAGUACUGAGUCACCGGACGAGCCACCGGCAGGCGAACCAUUGGGUACACG